CACGGAUAUGAAGCGCUGCUCAACAAUACCAAGAAGAGGGAUGAGAUGAAGAUAGCUAAGGCAAAGGACCAACUGGAUGAUGCUCGCAAGCUCUACGAGGUCCUCAAUACCGAAUUACACGAGGAACUGCCUUCUCUAUACGACUCUCGUAUCCCGUUCCUGGUCUCUAAUUCACAGACCCUCUGCUCUGCUGAAGCCCUUUUCCAUGUUGAAUGCUCCAAGGUACAUGGUGAGUUAGAGGCUGUGAUGGAGAAACUGAACAAAGAGGCUCGAAGUGGGGGCUAUAAUGUGAAGCGCCACCCACCACGCUCACCUCGUACCCCAACCAGCUCACCCACCAGGAAAUCCAUAGGUAUGGUUCAUGGAUCUCCAGGUUCUUCCCCCUCCAAGCCAGAGGGAAAUCAGCAGCCAUAUGAGGAGAUCCCCGACAAUUACAAGCCCAAUGAAAAUGGAGAACUUUCUCCUGGGGAAGAAGGUCAUGGAGGAGGGUCACCUGGGAAAUUCCAGGUUGUGAAGACAGCCUCCAAUCCCCAUGGUGGCCCCCCGACCGAAGUUGUCUACGACAUCCCUGUCGGAGCCACCACUGAUGAUCUGCCUCCAGGGGUGCUAUAUCGAGUACGAGCCACCUAUCGCUACCAGAAGGAAGAUGUGGAUGAACUGUCAUUUGACAUAGGGGAGAUCAUUCAGGUGGUGGAGUAUGAGGAUCCUGAAGACCAGGAGGAGGGCUGGCUGAUGGGUGUGAAAGAAGCAACUAGCGAGAAGGGCCUCUUUCCGGCCAACUUCACUCGUCCAAUAUGAUCUGAUUCUGAACCCGUCCAUUGAACCCCAAUCUCAGAUGAGAGAGAUCUGCUUAGCGGUUGUCUUCCAAUUUACUUAGGCCAUCAUAUUGUCUUCCUGUAUUUCUUUCCUUCUUGGUUUUUUUCCCCACGCACGUCUUGGGCUGCCUCCUCCCAUCAGACAUGUGAUACCGUGGCCUUCGCUCUUCUUCUAUUCUUUUUUUCCCCCUCCUGUCUGUUCCUAAUUUUAGGCCCCCUUAUAUCCUAUCAUUGAUUCAUUGAGUUAUAUUUCUUCAUUCAUCCUUUUGGAAUGUUCCUUAUAUUUGGUGCAUGUGAGAAUGUUUUUACCUUGGGUUUUUGUUUCUUCCUUUCUUCUGCCCAUGAUUGAUCAGUUUCACAUCUUCAUGUAUACAUUAGAGCCCUGUUCUCUGUGCUAACAAGGACAUUCAGUGCAAUAACAAUGUUCUCCCAGCCCACACGAUAGAUCUGCACUGCCAAGGAACAUGUCAAGAAUCGUUUUCCCUUUGUGUGAUCGUGAGUUCUGCCCUGUAAAUACAGUGCUUGCUGUGCAACGAGACAAUAACAAGUGUAAAGUGAAUAAUUUGAAAGGAAGAGAGAGCAGUACUAGAGGUACUGGUUCAGUUUUUCAUUUUGCCUCAUCUUCCUGAUUGAUCCAGUGCCAAAUGUGAAUGUAGCCUUUAUUAUUUCAAAGUUUCCUUCUGAUGCCUUUUUCUCAGCUUUUUAACUAUCACAUUCUAGAAUGCUCAAAUUUUCUGCAUUGGUCCUAUUCCUUUGGCCUUCUAUCACCCUGUGCCUAAUGAAAUAAUAUAAAUCCAUGUUUCAGAUAAUUAUGAAUGAAAAAAAGAUUGUCUCCUG